CAGAUCACAGCGGGCGAGCCCAUCCCCGCCAACAAGCCCGUCAAGGAGGAGAACCCGGAGAAAGGCGCACCCCUCGACCUCUCCGGCAAAAACAUCAUCCUUGGCGUCCCUGGUGCCUUCACGCCUCCUUGCUCAUCGCAGGUGCCACAGUACAUCGCCGACUUUGACAAGUUCAAGGCCAAGGGAGUGAAGAACAUCUACGUCGUGGCCGUGAACGACGCCUUCGUCACCCAGGCAUGGAAGGCGAAACUGGCUCCCCAAGGAACCGGCGUCCGGUUCAUCGCUGACGACACUGGCGAGUUCACCUCAUCCCUUGGGCUGCUCUUCGACGGCACCGGUUUGCUUGGUGCGCCCCGCGCAAAGCGCUACGCGAUCAUUGCGAACGAUGGUAACGUCGACUUCAUCGCCGUCCAGGACGAUCCCACCCAGGUCACCACAACCUCUGCAGAUAGCAUCUACGUUCAACUGUAG